AUUCCCAGCGCGCUAGCGCACCUGCUUGGGCAGCUCGCUAUGGCUGCCGUCGACAGUUGACCCUGGUAUGCCAUCGCUAGAGUCGCAGCCCGCUCCGGCCAACCUCGCUCCUCCGCAACCGACACACGAACCCGACGUCACUUGAUCCCACAAUUCCAGCGACUUUUGCGACCGGCUCUCCACCGACCGCUUGGAUGCUUGCGCCCGGUCGCUGCCCCAGCUACUUCCGCGGUGAAAUAACAACGGUGAGCACUCUCAACCACUGCGAGGACAGCCCUAGCAACCGCACUGCGUAAGAAGUACAGCAUCGAUUUGCUGCAUGUUGAUUUUGGCGCAAAUGGGGGGUGCAAGCAGUUUGUUUCUCUCAGACGCGAGCUAGCGCCCAAGCGCGCGAUAUGGGGCCCCAGCUCCCGCAGCGCCUUGGCCACGCCCGCCAGCACCGUGGGUCCCCUCGCCGCCGCGCCCGCGGCUGCCACCCCCGCCCCCUCCACGUCCUCUCUUCCCGUGUUGCGGGCCAGGUGCGCGAGGUGCUGGACAAGUCCAAGGCGCUGCAGGCGCGCUACGGUCGGCAGCUGGCGGAGCGGGUGGAGCUGGUCAAGAAGGGCAGCACCAUGGGGGAGAUCAGCCGCAAGCUGGCUCCGGGCCAGGAGGCUCCGGAGGCCGCCCGCCGCGAGCUCAAGAACGCUAUCGACACCGUGUUCGGCGCGUACUGAGCGACCUGCUAGGGGGCCCGCAUGGCGUGAUGAUGGAGAUGGUGGUCUGCUGCGGAUAUGGUGAGAUGAGGAGGUGGCCUUGAGAAGCAGACAUGUAGGGACAGGCAGGCCCGCUGCAUACACAGGUGGGAGCAGGAGGUGUGAGAUAUGGGCCAAGCCUCAACGACGUCGUGCUCUUGCCUUCUCCGAUACGCAUUUAAAUAGUUCAUCUGAAUUUAAUAUGGUAUGAAUCCCAACGGUUUAGAGGAGGUACGGGGGGUGUUGCGUGUGCCUGUGUCGCUCGUCGUGUUUGUCAGCUAGCGUGUGUGUGGGGUGCCAGUGCAUGCACGGCGGUAUCCUGCAGCGCGACUGGGGCAACGCACCAGGAGCGGGAGGGGUUAGGAGUGCGUGUCCCAGCGCGGCGCAAGGGCUACUGCGCAGCUCUAUGGCUUUCUGGCAAGUGUGGCCCGCGCUCAGGGGCGCCAGAGGGUCAGGAGCCCGCGAGUGUAUGUCAGUGUAAUCCCUUGCCCUU